AUGAAGCUGUCCCAUACCCUGGCAGCUUUUCUACUCCCCCUGAUAGGCACUGUAUCAGCGGCGGACGCGAAAGCAUGGAAGUCCCGCAGUAUUUACUUUGCCUUGACUGAUCGCAUUGCCCGUGGAAGCGAUGAUGCAGGUGGAGAUGCCUGUGGCAACCUUGGAAACUACUGCGGUGGAACUUUCCAAGGCUUGCAGUCCAAACUUGACUAUAUUAAGGGGAUGGGCUUUGAUGCAAUCUGGAUCACCCCUGUUGUCGCUAAUGCGCCGGGUGGAUAUCAUGGAUAUUGGGCACGGGAUCUCUAUAGCGUCAAUGAGAACUAUGGCACCGCUGAAGAUCUUAAGAGUCUAGGAAUCUAUGUCAUGGCAGACGUAGUUGCCAACCAUAUGGGAGGCCCCAUCGGCGAGAACAAGCCGGAGCCAUUGAACCAGGAGAGCUCCUACCAUGCCGCCUGCACACCUGACUAUUCAAACCAGGAGAGUGUUGAAAAGUGCCGUAUCGCAGCAGACCUACCUGAUAUAAACACAGAGAGUCCCGAGAUCCGGGAACUCUUCCAGAAAUGGAUCAAAUGGCUCGUCGCAGAAUACGAGUUCGACGGCUUGCGUAUCGACACCGUGAAACACGUUGAAAAGGACUUCUGGUCGGCCUUCUCCUCCGCUGCCGGGGUUUACACCAUCGGUGAAGUCUGGGACGGUGACCCAACCUACCUUGCCGGAUACGCAAAGGGCAUGGACGGCCUGCUCAACUACGCGGUCUAUUAUCCCGUGAACAACUUCUACCAGCAAAAGGGCUCUUCCCAGGAGAUAGUUAACAUGCACGGUAAAAUCGAUACCGCUUUCCCUGAUCCCACCACUCUGGGCACGUUCAUCGACAACCACGACAAUGCGCGAUGGCUGAGCGUGAAGAAUGACAAGUCGCUUUUGAAAAACGCACUUGCCUACGUCAUUCUCGCUCGAGGCAUCCCCAUUGUCUACUACGGCACGGAACAGGGCUACGCGGGCGGCAACGACCCCGCAAACCGCGAGGACCUAUGGCGCAGUAAAUUCAGCACCGACGCGGACCUGUACAAAGCCAUAUCUCUGCUCUCCGCGGCGAGAAAGGCUGCUGGUGGCCUCGCUGAUAACGACCAUGUCCAUCUGUACGUCGCAGACACGGCAUAUGCGUGGAGCAGAGCGGGCGGAGACGUCAUUGUCCUUACGACCAACAGUGGAUCUGGAUCUAAGGGUGAGCACUGCUUCGACUCUAAGAAGCCUGGUGGGACGUGGAAGAAUACCUUUGGAGAGGGGACAAUCACAGCCGACGAAAGCGGAAAGAUCUGCGUCUCUAUCACUAAUGGUGACCCUGCUGUUCUCGUUGCUAGCACUUAA